CCUAAAAAGAGGAAGCUUGUGGACCAGCCACCUAGUUCUGCCUGUGUUACAGUAAGAAGGAGCUGCUUAGGAGAAAAUGAAGCCCUUGUCCCUGCUAAUAGAGAUAUUGAUAAUUCUUGGGGUCACAAUUAAAACUAUCGAAGCAGAAAAACAUAAUAAAAAGCAAAAAGAAAGAAAUGUCACCACACAGGUAUCAGUGAGUGAAAUCAAACAAUAUUUAUCAAAUAUAUUGGAACAAAAAAAAUCAAUUAAUGUGAUCAAUAAAAAAGAAAAUCUCUUAGAAAAAAAGAAGAAUCAGCAUAAAUUAAGAAUAAAAGGAAUUCGAAAUAAACAUAUGUGGAAAAGAAGUAAAAAUCAUUUAAAAAAGCAAACAAAGAAAAUUUUCACAGAUGAAGGAGACCAGCUUUUUAAGAUGGGCAUCAAGAUCCUCCAGCAGUCUAAAAGCCGAAAAGAAAAAGCAGAAGCCUACAAACUCUUUGCUAAAGCAUCUGACAUGGGAAACUUGAAAGCUAUGGAGAAAAUGGCUGAUGCUUUGCUAUUUGGAAAUUUUGGCAUGCAAAACAUAACAGCAGCUAUCCAAUUAUACGAGUCCUUGGCUAAAGAAGGAUCAUAUAAAGCCCAAAACGCAUUAGGAUUUUUGUCUUCUUGUGGAAUAGGAAUGGAAUACAAUCAAGCUAAGGCACUGAUAUAUUACACCUUUGGAAGUGCUGGAGGAAGCAUGAUAUCCCAGAUGAUUUUGGGGUACAGAUAUUUGUCAGGAAUCAGUGUCCUACAGAAUUGCGAAGUUGCCCUAAGUCAUUACAAGAAAGUGGCAGAUUAUAUUGCUGACAAAUUGGAAAAAAGUGAAGGUGUUCCAGUGGAAAAAGUGAGACUAACUGAAAGACCUGAAAAUCUGAGUUCUAACAGUGAGAUUUUGGACUGGGACAUAUACCAAUACUAUAAAUUUUUGGCUGAAAGAGGAGAUGUUCAGAUACAAGUAUCUCUUGGACAGUUACAUCUAAUUGGGAGGAAGGGUCUAGAUCAGGAUUACUAUAAAGCAUUAUACUACUUCUUAAAGGCAGCAAAAGCUGGGAGUGCAAAUGCCAUGGCAUUUAUAGGAAAGAUGUAUUUAGAAGGGAAUGUUGCAGCACCACAAAAUAAUGCUACCGCUUUCAAAUACUUUUCUAUGGCAGCUAAUAAGGGCAAUGCCAUUGGUCUUCAUGGGCUCGGUCUUCUUUACUUUUAUGGGAAAGGAGUUCCUGUGAAUUAUGCAGAAGCACUUAAAUACUUUCAGAAAGCUGCAGAAAAGGGAUGGCCAAACGCACAGUUUCAGUUAGGCUUCAUGUACUACUCUGGCUCUGGAGUAUGGAAGGAUUAUAAACUUGCCUUCAAAUAUUUUUACUUGGCAUCUCAGAGUGGGCAGCCCCUCGCCAUUUAUUACCUGGCCAAGAUGUACGCCACAGGAACAGGAGUGUUAAGAUCAUGCAGAACUGCUGUGGAGAAAAAGCUAAAAUCCUUGAAAAAGAGAAGAUGUAUCCAAUGGCACUCCUCCUGUGGAAUCGAGCUGCCAUUCAAGGACAUUCGCUUGGCCAGGAGAUUAUAUGAUAUGGCUGCUCAAACAAGUCCAGACGCUCACAUACCUGUGUUCUUUGCCCUCACGAAACUGGAAACUGUGCAUUUGUUUCGAGAUAUCCUGUUUUUUAAUUUUACCACGAGAUGGAAAUGGAUGAAAUUGGACAAUACCCUUGGACCAUACUGGGAUUUAUUUGUGAUUGGCCUAAUUGCUGCUGUGCUGAUCUUCUUGCUUAGAAAUCGCUACCUGUAGGAUCUGGACCACAGAAAAAACCUGCUCACGGGGACCAGUUCACUUCAAGUCAUCUUCACGAAAUAAAAAAUUUCUCCAUC